AGAUGGGUUUGAAGCAAUCUGGACCGUGUGAUGAAUGAGACGGUUGAAAUGAAGAGAAUCCGGAUCCGUAGUACAACAUAACAUAGGAUCGAAUGAGUAUAGCGAAGCAGAAGGUAGAUUGGAAAAUCUGUUGUACCGACAUUUGAGUAUGAGUUUUGGCGGUGUUCUAUGGAUAUCUAUGACUAUAUGCAUCUUCUUCUCUUCCGUUUCUUUAGCUUUGAGUGUGAGUAGUGGAUGCAGUAGUAAACCAGCAGUUGUAUUCGUGUUCGGUGAUUCCAACUCGGAUACGGGUGGACUCGUUUCUGGACUCGGUUUCCCUGUCAAUCUUCCAAAUGGUCGUACUUUCUUUCACAGAUCCACUGGUCGUUUGUCUGAUGGACGCCUCGUUAUCGACUUUCUCUGCCAAAGUUUGAAUACAAGAUUUUUGACCCCAUACUUGGACUCCAUGUCUGGAUCCACAUUCACAAAUGGAGCAAACUUUGCGGUGGUUGGAUCCUCUACCCUCCCAAAAUAUCUUCCUUUCUCUUUAAAUAUACAGGUCAUGCAGUUCCAACAUUUCAAAGCUCGUAGUCUUCAACUUGCUACCUCAGGUGCAAAAAAUAUGAUCAACGACCAAGGCUUCCGGGAUGCACUAUACUUGAUUGAUAUUGGGCAAAAUGACCUUGCUGAUUCAUUUACCAAAAAUCUGUCAUAUGUGCAAGUCAUCAAGAGGAUCCCAACAGUUAUCACUGAAAUUGAGAAUGCUGUUAAGAGUUUGUAUAAUGAAGGUGGAAGGAAAUUUUGGGUUCACAAUACCGGGCCCUUUGGCUGUCUUCCUAAAUUAAUUGCACUGUCUCAGAAGAAGGAUCUGGAUUCAUUCGGAUGUCUUUCUAGUUACAAUUCUGCUGCAAGAUUGUUUAACGAAGCACUGUAUCAUUCAAGUCAGAAAUUAAGAACUGAAUUGAAGGAUGCUACCUUAGUCUAUGUUGAUAUUUAUGCCAUUAAGAAUGACCUCAUCACAAAUGCCACCAAAUAUGGUUUCACAAAUCCGCUAAUGGUAUGCUGCGGCUUUGGAGGGCCACCUUAUAAUUUUGAUGCAAGAGUGACAUGCGGUCAACCUGGUUAUCAAGUUUGUGAUGAAGGAUCACGGUAUGUGAGUUGGGAUGGAAUCCAUUAUACCGAGGCUGCAAAUACAUGGAUAGCUUCAAAGAUACUAUCGACAGCUUAUUCCACGCCACGCAUACCUUUUGGUUUCUUCUGUCACUGAUAUCUUACAAUGAUUAAACUAUGCAAGAGGGUGAAAAAUAGUGAACUACUAUUAUUUCAUUAGCUGCUGUUUUACCGUCUAUGUACUUCUCUAAGAACAGGUUUUGCCAUUUGGUUAUGCUCAAGCAUGAAAUUGAAGCCUUACCCAUGUUGCAUUGUUGCCAGGUUCAGAUAGUGUCUUCGUUUUGCCAAAGGAGAGUGUUUGAUUUUGUAAUGUUGUAUUAUGUAAAAGAACAAAUGAGAAAAAAUGAUGUAUUUUUCGCUAUGCCUCUAUUAUUAAUUUAGGCCAAAUACCUCUCCGGAUCCUUCAAGUUUCA